AUGUCUGUCCCAGCUCAAAUACUAUUUGGAUUUGUAUUAUUCAUUUUGUUUAUCAAUGGAGAAACAAGUUUAUGUCCAGAUACAUACAGUGUGAUUCUAAAUGGUUGUUAUAAAAUAAUUGUUAAUAUACAAAUGACAUGGUCAAAUGCAAAACAAUAUUGUCAUGAUGAUUUUAGAAGAUUAAAUAUCCAUGGAACAACACAUCUUGUUGCAUUUGAAAAUCCUGUUGAAAAAUCCGGACUUUUCUAUUGGAUCAAAGCAUAUAAUAUUUUUAAUGAUUUUUGGAUUGAUGGUGAAGUUUCAACAUUAUUAUGGACUUGGUCAAAUCAAGCAAUGAAAGAACAUGUUUUGUCCAAAUGA